AUGUCAACUGCUAACCACUUCCAGAACUACGUAAUGCAUGCCCUUGGGGAGGGUCCAACUGAGGAAAGCACUCCCACCGUGGGGAUUAAUUCAAACCCAAUUCCUGCGCGUGGCAUGAAAGUAGACUCUCAGUUUAAAACACUGAUUGAGCACCUGCACGUCCUCAAGUUCAAGCUGGAAAAGGAGAAAAAAAUGCACAAGCGCAAAAAGAAAGGUCUACCAAAGGAGGAGGGGGUAUACCAGGAAGAUAAAUCAAAACCAAAAGACUCACAGAACAGGAUCAAAAUCGAAAACGAAAAUCCACAGAAGAGGGAGGAACCAACUAAUAGGAUACUAAUGAAGAGGGACGAUGAUCUUGGUACCGAUGACCCAGAAGGGGAAAGUUCCUGUCCUAUUCCGCAGCUAAUCGAGACGAUUGAAAUUUACAAACACAGAAAUGCAGAAGAGCAACGCGAAAAGGUUCAACUGAUUGAGAAAUACGAACGUGUCCUGAGGAAAAUCAGAAAAAACCACAUCCACCAAAUUGGACAAAUUAAAAAUAACGUCCUCCUCGAUGUUGAUUUUUUAAUUCAAAAGUACAGGAAUGUAUCUCUUGAACUACUGCAAAUUGGUCGAAAGAAGGAGAAGGAGAAAAAGGAGGAAAAUAGAAAGAUGACCGAAAUGUGCAUAGCUGCUUGCAGGAAGUUUGAAGAAAAUGUGAAAGAAAAUGCAAAGACGGCUAUGCAGGAGCAACAGACCGAAAUGGCUAAAACCAUCGGUGAUGCCAAGAGGGAGAACGUAGCCUUGAAGAAAAAAAUGUCAGAGUUGAAGAACAAAAUGGAACAUGGAAAACGUGAGUCAGAGAAAAUCGAAGUGAAGGAGCUCCAGAAUCAAAUAAGGGAACAGUGUGCCGUGAAUGAUGAGCUAAGAAAAUCCAUUUUGCAAGAAAAGAAAGAACACGAGAUGAAUAUUAUGGACCUCUAUUCGAAGGUUGAUUUGCAAAUAAAAACUUACGAGGAAAACAUCGUGAAGGUAUUCCACGACAUCCUUCUGAAGAAUAAAAUAGACAUGGGGAUGGAGGAGUUGUCGCGCUGCAUUCAAGUGGCGAUGGACACGCACCAUGGACAGGACACCUCCCUGCGGAGUGAUAUGCGCUGA